AUGCAAGGUGUAUCCAUUAGAGUUAAUGAUGACGGAGAACAUGAUGAUAGAAAAGAAGAUGCUACCGAAGGUUUAGGGGACAGGUGGAGUCCACUGAGUGGCUGGAAAUCCAGUUUAGUUUUCGCACUCACUCACUUUAUCAUAUCCCCGGAGUCAUCGAGAGGAUCAAAAGGGAAAAAUAAAGAAAAGAGAGGGACACAUUUGACAUUUCAGGACCGUGUUCUUUUCUACAGAACCUCGACCAAGAAGAAUCGCGGAGAGGGCGAGAGUGAGAAAUAG